GGUAUGAGAAAAAAAAAUUAAAUAAUGUCUUCAAGCAAGUGGAACUGGAGUUCAGUCUGUGAACAUGGAGAAGACAUGCAUGUAUGGAAAGGACAGGACUUUGGCCAUUGUUUUGAGCAAAUGGUGAUACUUCCAACAGCACAUGCCUUACUUGGUAUUGUUAGUGUUUAUCAUUUUGGUAGGCAGCAGAGAGGAACCUUACAAGGAAACAUGUUGCAUGUCAACUGGCCUUGGUUUUUAGUUCUACGUAUGGUAACUGUUGUUUUUCUAACCUGUGUUCCAGUACUUCAGAUAAUAUUCUCUGUCAGUUUGGAACAUUCUUUGCCAAGUAUUUCAGAUGGAGUUGUGGCAGGUGUAUCAACUCUUACCUGGGCCUUGCAUGGGCUUUAUGUAUGGAACUUGAGAUAUCUUUAUGAGCAUGACCUCAGAGGACCAUUAAGUGCAAUAGUAGCUUUUUUGGUUGUUGUAGCUUCCUGUGCCAUCCAUUUACACACUGUGAUAAGUAGACAUUUGUCAAAUUCUUUGUAUCGCAACAUGACUGAAGAAUACACAACUUAUAUCAAUGGUGCUUUCAACUUUAUUUAUCUUAUGAGUAUUUUCCCAAACAAGCCUCGUGUUUAUCACACAAAUAAUACACUACAAAUUAAUGAGGUAGAUGGAGAAAUUGAACAUAUUGUAAAGGGAAGGAAUAGAACAUAUGGCGCUAUCAGCAGGGAUAAAGACAGUGCAACAACUGCUGAAGAGGGUGUUGGGUGUUUUUCAUUGCUGACUUUCCACUGGGUGCAGCCUCUGAUGACUCGUGGGGCUGGCAUGAAUAUUUCCAGCGUAAAUGAUCUUUUUUUGUUGCCCUCUCAGCUCAACACUCACUUGGUUGAACUAAAUUUUCAAACAGUUUUAAAGAAACUGUUCAAUGUGGAUGCAGCUUGUGGUGAAGAAAACAAAGCUCUGGCAGUAGAUGGACCCAGCACUUACAGCCCUGUGCCAGAGGUUAAUGUCAUAUCCCAUCAUACCUUACCCAGUCCUUCUGCACACACCUAUCAAAGUUAUCAAACUGUUAGCAUUACUCCCCUAGAAGAACAUGAUAUUGAGCAAGAUUUUGAAAAUUUAAAUGAAACAACAUCCUCUCCCAUAUCAAAUGUCAAACUGUUCAAAGUGCUAAACAAAGCUUUCGGUGUUGAGUACUAUACAUUAGGUAUUUUAAAACUAUUUGCGGACAGCCUAGGAUUUGCAGGUCCUGUGUUGCUGAACUAUUUAGUCAGCUUCAUAGAAACCAAAUCAGAUCAUUCAUAUCAUGGCUAUUUAUUUGCUACUGGCCUGUUUCUUUCUACCCUACUGGGAACUCUCUGCUCCACCCAGUUUGACUACAAGGUUCAAAAAGUAGCUUAUAAAAUCAGAUGUGCACUAGUCACAACAGUCUAUAGGAAAUCUCUCUGGACAAGUGCAGUGGUGCAGUCACAGUUUUCUACUGGUGAAAUUGUUAAUUUUAUGAGCACAGACACUGACAGGAUUCUUAACUUCUGCCCAAGCUUUCAUGCAUUUUGGAGUCUGCCAUUCCAGGUGACAGUUUCUCUGGUCUUGUUGUACCAGCAGGUAGGCAUAGCUUUUUUGGCUGGUGUAGCAUUUGCUCUUGUUUUGAUUCCAAUUAACAGAUGGAUUGCUCAGAAAAUUGGCCAGCUAAGCUCAGCAAUGAUGCAGCACAAAGAUGAGAGAGUUAAGUUGAUGAAUGAGCUGCUCUAUGGGAUCCGUGUUGUCAAGUUGUACUCGUGGGAGGAGCACUUCACUUCUCAGAUCAACACCAUCAGGAGUAAAGAGCUCAGCUGUUUGAAAGGGAGAAAAUAUUUGGAUGCCAUGUGUGUGUAUUUCUGGGCUACAGCUCCUGUGUUGAUGUCCAUUUUGACCUUCACUACAUAUGUUUUAAUUGGAAAUACAUUAACUGCAGCUAAGGUUUUUACAUGUCUUUCCCUCUUUUUGAUGCUCAUCAGCCCUUUGAACUCAUUUCCUUGGGUCAUUAAUGGGCUUGUUGAAGCUUGGGUAUCACUGAAACGAGUUGAGAAGUUUAUUUGCUUGAAGAACUCAGACACCAGCCAGUAUUACUCUAGUAAAGAACUUGAAGGUGAUACAGUAAUUCUGUUGAAGAAUGCACAUUUCUCUUGGAUGAAAUCAAAUGAUGAGACUGAUGAAGGAAGUGAUGAUAAUGUCACUAAAACUCAGGACGUUGAGGAGAUAAACCUGCGGAUACAUCAGGGACAGUAUGUAGGCAUUGUGGGUAAAGUUGGCUCAGGGAAAAGCUCCCUUCUCAAUGCUAUUAUUGGUGAGAUGAGGAAAACACAAGGGGAGAUAAAUGUCCAGGACCUAGACAAGGGGUUUGCCUACGUGGCCCAGGAGCCAUGGGUGCAGCAUGCAACUGUGAGAGAUAAUAUUCUGUUUGGCAGCCCAUUUGAUGGUCAGAGAUAUGAUCAAGUCAUAGAAGCUUGUGCUUUAACUGAUGACUUCAAGGUGAUGCCUGCAGGAGACAUGACGGAGAUUGGAGAGAAUGGAAUUACUUUAAGUGGUGGACAAAGGGCAAGAGUGGCGUUAGCAAGGGCUGUUUAUCAGGACAAAGAUCUCUACUUAUUGGAUGAUCCACUUUCUGCUGUUGAUGCCCACGUUGCUAAACAUAUCUACACAAACUGUAUAAUGGGCUUGCUGAGGGGCAAAACAAGAGUUUUGUGUACACACCAUGCCAGAUUUCUUAAGCAUGCUGACUGGGUCAUUGUAAUGGAGGAAGGCAGGAUCAUUCAAUCUGGUGUACCUUCAGAUGUGCUGGCCCAUAUACAUUUAGUUGAAGACAGCUCAAACAACAGCAAGGAGGAUGAACCUAAAAUAGACAACAUUGAAACAGAGAGAUAUGGGGAUUCAUUAGUACUUGAAGAAGAGAGACAGAAAGGGGUAGUGAAAGGGAUUGUGUACAAAAGUUACUGGAGAUCUGUUGGAACUUGUUUAUCUCCCCUAGUUCUUUUGACUUUGUUUUUGAUGCAAGCAUCUCGGAAUUGUGGGGACUGGUGGUUGUCCUACUGGGUCACACACACAGCUGAAAACUCUAUAGCAAAUUUAACUGGAACUUUUAAUAUGACAAACUUAACAUCAGCUGAAGAUAACCUCAUGUUUUAUUUGGGAAUCUUUGGAGGCCUAGCGGGGCUUAAUUCUGUGUUUACAUUGCUUAGAGCUUUCCUGUUUGCUUAUGGUGGGCUUUGUGCUGCAGGAAUCAUACAUAAGCGUCUGCUUUCAUCUAUCCUAAAGGCUCCACUGUCAUUUUUUGAUGUCACACCUAUUGGUCGAAUAGUGAACAGAUUCUCCUCAGAUCUCUACGCAGUGGAUGAUUCUCUCCCCUUCACUCUGAACAUCUUCCUGGCACAGAUGUAUGGGAUUAUUGGCACUCUUGUGCUAACUUGUUAUGGUCUGCCUUGGUUUGUUUUGUGCUUGGUACCUAUGGCAGCUGUAUAUUACAAGAUACAGCAUUACUACAGAUUCACAUCAAGGGAGUUAAAGCGUCUAUCUAGUGUAACAUUAUCUCCCAUAUAUGCCCAUUUCUCUGAAACCAUCACGGGUCUCGCUACUAUUCGAUCAAUGAGACAUUCUCUGAGAUUCUGUGAUGAGAACAAGACGAGGCUGGAUAUCAACCAGAGGGCACAGUUUGCCACGCAGCUCUCUUCCUCCUGGCUGGACCUGAGGCUGCGUUUGCUAGGUGUUGCCAUGGUUACUUGUUUAUCCAUGAUUGCUGUCAUACAGCAUCAGUUAACUUCUGUUGAUGCAGGUCUAGUUGGACUUGCCAUUUCAUAUUCCCUGUCAGUGACCAAUUUGCUUGGGGGUGUUGUCAUGUUUUUUACUGCCACAGAGAAAGAGUUUGUUAGUGUUGAGAGAUGCCAACAUUAUAUCAAUGAGACACCAUCAGAGAACUGGAGUGGGUCAUUAUUUCCCCCAACUGUUUGGCCGAGUGAAGGUGUCCUGGAGUUUGUCAAGGUUUGCCUCCAGUAUAGAGACACACUCUCCCCUGCCCUGAGAGGAAUCAGCUUUAAAACCAGACCUGGUGAGAAGGUGGGGAUAGUGGGGCGGACUGGCGCAGGUAAAUCAAGUCUUUUCCUGGUCCUGUUCAGGCUGGUGGAGGCCAGUCAAGGUCGUGUUCUGGUGGACGGUGUCGACUUGAAGUACCUGGACUUGCAGGACAUCAGAUCAAGAUUUGCAAUUAUUCCACAAGAUCCAUUCCUGUUCAGUGGAUCAGUUCGUUUGAACCUUGACCCCACGGAUAGUCACACUGACCCUGACCUGUUGUCAGUACUGGAACGCUGCCACCUGCGUACGUGUGUGGAAAAGAUGGGAGGGCUGGACGCUACUCUCACUCAGAGAGGGAGAGAAUUCUCUGUUGGACAGAGACAACUCCUGUGUCUGGCCAGAGCUAUGUUGACCAGGGCUAAGAUUUUAUGUAUUGAUGAGGCCACGGCCAGUGUUGACAUGGAGACAGAUGGCCUGAUACAGCACACCAUCCAGCAGGAGUUCAGGGACAGCACUGUGCUGACCAUUGCCCACAGGAUCCACACUGUACUGGACAGCCAGCGGGUCAUGGUCCUGAAGGAUGGCACAGUGGCAGAGUUUGCUCCUCCUGAUGAAUUGUUGGCCAACAAAAACUCUUUGUUUUACAGUUUGGUUCAUGGCAGUUGAAACACAACACAAACAGUGGUGUAAUGGUGGUAGAUGGAACAGCAUAAACAGUGGUAUAAUGGUGGUAGA